GGGUCCUGCCAACUGUCCAUCCGGGGAAGGGGAGGCCGCAUUCCCGCUUUCCUGACUCCCAGGCGUCUUGCACCAAGGGGAGAUCGGGAUCUCGGUUUUCCGGCCCCGAGAGGGACCAGGUGCCUCCGCCAUAGCUUCUGUCGCUCCAUCGCCCGCACUGUGACUGGACUGUUAGAGGGAUCCGUGGAGAGGAGGCCAGGACACCUGGAAGCCGGGAAAUGGAUUCAGUGGUCUUUGAGGAUGUAGAUGUGAACUUCACCCAGGAGGAGUGGGCUUUGCUGGAUCCUUCCCAGAAGAAUCUCUACAGAGAUGUGAUGCAGGAAACCUUCAGGAACCUGGCUUCUGUAGGAAAAAAAUGGAAAGAUCAGAAAAUUGAAGAUGAGUACAAAAAUCCCAGGAGAAACCUAAGAGGUCUUAUGGGAGAGAGACUCUUAGAAAGUAAAAAAGAUCAUCAGCAUGGAGAAAUUUUGACCCAGGUUCCAGAUGACAUGCUGAAGAAGAAAACUCCCCGAGUAAAAUCACGUGGAGAAGUCAGCGUGGGUCAUGCAUCCCUUAAUAGGCACCACAGAGCUGACACUGGACACAAGCCAUAUGAGUAUCAGGAAUAUGGACAGAAGCCAUAUAAAUGUACAUACUGUAAGAAAGCCUUCAGUGAUCUCCCCUACUUUCGAACACAUGAAUGGGCUCACACUGGAGGGAAACCUUAUGAUUGUGAGGAAUGUGGAAAAAGCUUUAUUUCCCGUUCAAGCAUUCGAAGACACAGGAUAAUGCACAGUGGAGAUGGACCCUACAAAUGUAACUUUUGUGGGAAAGCGUUGAUGUGUCUCAGUUUGUAUCUUAUCCACAAACGAACUCACACUGGAGAGAAACCAUAUGAAUGUAAACAGUGUGGUAAAGCCUUUAGUCAUUCUGGUAGCCUUCGAAUACAUGAAAGAACUCACACUGGAGAGAAGCCUUAUGAAUGCAGUGAGUGUGGGAAAGCAUUCCAUAGUUCCACAUGCCUCCAUGCACAUAAAAUAACUCACACUGGGGAGAAGCCGUAUGAAUGUAAACAGUGUGGGAAAGCCUUUGUUUCUUUCAAUUCCGUUCGAUAUCAUGAAAGAACUCACACUGGAGAGAAGCCCUAUGAAUGUAAGCAAUGUGGGAAAGCCUUCAGAUCUGCCUCGCACCUUCGAACACAUGGAAGGACUCACACUGGAGAGAAACCCUAUGAAUGUAAACAAUGUGGGAAAGCCUUUGGAUGUGCCUCGAGCGUUAAAAUCCAUGAAAGGACUCACACUGGAGAAAAACCCUGUAGCUCCAACACUUCGAAAGGCCAAGGCUAGAAGAUCGCUUAAUUCACAUAAGAUUCCUAGAAGCCACUGAAUCCAAUCAUGGUAAAAAUGUGUUUCCCUCAAAUCAUGGGAACCAUCGCAAAAUUAUUCUGAAGCUUCUGCAGUCACUGUCAUUUGACAGCAUUCAGAAAUAAAUGCCAGUAGCCCAAGAGCAAAAAUUUUGGGGAGUAGUUUAGCUGAGGCCUCACUCAGAUACCUAGGACACAGAGUUGGAAAUAACUCUUAAGAGAGACACACCUCCAGUAAGACCUUAAGACAGUUCUGUCAUAAAAAAAAUACGAGGUUUGGCCGGUGCUGGGAUUACAGGCGUUAGCCACUGCGCCCGGCCAUUUUUGUAUUUUUAGUAGAGACGGGUUUCUCCAUGUUGGCCAAGCUGGUCUUGAACUCCUGACCUCAAGUGACCCACCUGCCUCAGCCUCCCAAAAUGCUGGGACUACAGGUGUGAGCUACUGUGCCAGGCCUAAUAUCUUUUUUUUUUUUUUGAGACGGAGUCUUGUUCUGUGGCCAGGCUGGAGUGCAGUGGUGCAAUCUCGGCUCACUGCAACCUCCGCCUCCCAGGUUCAAGAGAUUCUCCUGCCUCAGCCUCCUGAGUAGCUGGGACUACAGGCAUGCGCCACCACGCCCAGCUAAUUUUUGUAUUUUUAGUAGAGAUGGGGUUUCACCAUGUUGGCCAGGAUGGUCUCAAUCUCUUGACCUCAUGAUCUGCCACCUUGGGCUCCCAAAGUGCUGGGAUUAUAGGCACCACGCCUGGCCCUAAUCUCUUCUCAAAGUACUUUUUUCUUUAAUGAAUGUCUUAAAUAAAAACUUUUUUCUAACCACAAACUUUUUUUUUUAUUAUUUUAUUAUGUAAUUUUUUUUAGAGACUUAGUCUUGAUGUGUGGACCCGGCUGGAGUGCAGUGAUAUUCACAAGUGUGAGCUUAGUGCAUGAGAGCUUCAUAUUCCUGGGCUCACAAUCCUUCUACCUCAGCCUGCCAAGUAGCUGUCACUACAGGUACCAGCUGCUGUGCCUGGCUUCCACCUUUUUUUUUUUUUUUCUUUAAGCAGUUCCUUUUAAAGACCAAAGAAAACCUGUCCUCUUGUGUGGCCUGAGUUGAUCUAUGAACAUUAUUCACUAUGACCCAGAAAAUCCCACGAAGUCGUGCAUGUUAGAAGGAUGAAACCCUCAUGUUCACUGUAAACUGUGAAGGUGCUCAGGCCAUCACAGGUAUGCCUAUAUGAAAAGCCACCAAGUAUCUGAAAUAUUUUCUUUUACAGAAAUUAUGUGUACCAUUUCAGUCUUAGAAAGUGGAGUUGGUCGCUGUACGCAAGACAGACACUGGGGCUGGACUCACCAUCAGUGGCCCAGAAAAGGUACUGAAAUUUGCUUACAAGUGCAGAGUUAUGCUGAACUUAAGGGUAUAGAUGUAGAUUCCCUGGUUAUUGAGCACAUCCAGGGAACAAGGCACCCAUAAUGUACCACCUGACUUACAGAACUCAUGGGCAGAUGAACCCAUCCACAAACUCCCCUGCCACAUCCAGAUGAUGCUUAGUGAAAAGAAACACCUUGUUCCAAAAGCAGAAAAGGAGGCUGCACGGAAGAAAAAGAUACCCCAGAAGAAACAUAAACUUAAGAGACAAAUAAAUUCAGCCAAAAGAAAAUGCAAAUAAAAGUUCAAAACAAAACAAAAAAAACCUCUAAAAUUCAUAAAACACAAAAUGACAAACUCUAUUAAAUAUGCCUCUAUGAUAUCUCUUAGAUAAAAGUUGGCCGUAAUAGAGAAAAUGAAGAUAGGUGUUGGUGACUGGCAGAUUCUGGGUCUACGAUGAAUCAGAGAAGGAUGGUUUUCACUUUGUUUUACAUUUUUUUAAUGCUUGAUGUUGACUUGGUAGAAAGAUGAUAAUAAAGAGAUUCUUCUGUCUA